CCAUCUCGUCGAAUGAAAGGCGAGUCAGAUUCGCCGCGUUCAACGUCGCCACUGCUCGAGCAUGAUGACGCCGAAGGCGUUGAAGGCGAGCCCGAGCAAGUCGAGCCCGAGCCGCUCCGCCCGCCGCUCACGGACCAUUCCUUCGGCUUUGACGACGCCACACUCAAGCGGUCGGUUCCGCUGCUCAACGCGGCCCUGGAGAGCGAAAACACGACUGCAUUCACCAUUGAGUUCCACCCCAGGAAGGGCCGCAUCGUCCGCAGCCGGCGUGAGUUCCGCCCGAUGGAGCAGGUGGUCACCGAGAGGCCCCUGGCGAUAGUGGGGGAGGCGGAGGGGAAUGUCGAGUACGUCCGGCUGGUGGAGGCGUGUGCACAGGUGGACGGCAGCCUCGAGCCGUCCUGGUUGGUGCGAAAGACAAACAAGAGGAAAGACAUCACAUCAAGAUCAAUCACUUCUGCAUGUCUUUCUGGUGUCUCCAUUCGUUCGUGUGCACACACAGGUAUUGGGCAGCGGUCAACUCGCUUUCCCCAGAGGAAUUUGUGUCGACCGAGGAGGGGCAUGCCGGUGUCAAGGCUCUCCGGUCGUGUCUGCAGCGGCUGUCGGCGGAGGAGUACGAUCUGAUAUCGGUGCUGGACCAUCCUGUCAUGGUGGGGUUGAGCGACGUCACAAUGGCCGUGCUCACGCUCGCAGGGUGGAUUGACGUCGUCAGGCCGCUGCAUUUUGAAGUGAGUCAGGAGCAGUGGAGAAAAGAGAGAGAGAGAGAGAGAAUGGAUGCUUCUGUGUGUGUCUGUGCGUGUGCCUCGGUGUGUGUCUUUGGCCAGCGUAUGUUGAAGAUAUGGACGACGAACGCCUUUCUGUACAGCCACGAGCCCACGGCCUUGGCCCUGUACUUCAUCCCCAGCUUCUUCUCACACAGCUGCUACCCCAACUGUGAGUGGGAACUCGGCCCCGACGGCCUUGUCCGGCUGCGCGCCAAAAUGCACAUCGACGAGGACGACGAGCUCUCCUUCAACUACCUUGACGACGCGGUCGGUAAUGCACCGAGGCAGAGGGGGGAGAAACACACAGGCCUUUCAAUGGUUUGGUGCAUCACGUCAGAUGUUGGUGCGUCCUGUGGGUGUGCGACGGGAGGUGCUGCGUCGGAGGCGUGGGUUUCAGUGCAUGUGCGACCGAUGCAUGCAUGAGGAGUACACUGGGGAGAUGCUGCAGUAAGUAGAAAGCCUCACACAGCCAGCGCCUUCUACACGUGUGUGGAUGUCUGGAUGGUGUCAGAGGUUUGUGCUGCCCCAGCUGUGGGAGGGCGAUAUUCUUCUACAUGCCGCCGAAGGGAUGGUUGCGUAAGCUGCGGCUGGCGGUGACUGUGAUCUUGGUGAUCUUUGGGCAUCUCAUCUACUGUGCUGUGGUGUCGGCGGGAUACUGACAGACAGAGAGGCACUGUGAGUGAGUGUGUGUGUGUGUGUGACUGCGUGUGUAGAGUAUGUGGUGUGUGCAGAAGCGAGAGCUUCGUGGACGCAUUGCAUUUGUGUAGGUCUUUGUGCGUUAACGACAAACAGACAGAGCAAAUGAGAUAAGUCGUCUUGUGUGUG